AUUGGCCAUCACUCGAAAUCCGUAGGAAAUUACAUAGGAUGUUCCUAGUUUUUAAAGUUAAUAAGGGUAAUGCUCCGAAUUAUGUUAGCUCUAUUUUUGCAAAGUUUAAAAGAGCACCUAUAAGAGAUCUAAGAUUAACCUUACCAUAUCACAUCCCCGCGAAAAGAUCAUCAAUCCAAAAUAGAUCAUGUGUUUUUUCUUGUUUAGGAGAGUGGAACUCACUUGAGCCAAUUUUAAGAGAGUGCAUUAACAUACAUUCCUUUAAGAGGGCAUUGACAAAGAGUUUGAUGAGCACAAACAUAACUUUGGCAUCUGAUAUCAAUGUCAGUAGAUCACUUGAAAUCUAUUUAAACAGAAUAAGAGUGGAUUUUAUAUUUAAAGCUCAUUUACAUGCACAUAACUUUGUAAAUAUUCUUUCGCCAGAUUGUGCUUGUGGCCACACAAAUGAAACCACAAUUCAUGUGUUUUUCUCCUGUCCCAUUCGACAGAAUUAUUUUAUUACUUUUGAACAACAACUCUGUGAUCUAAAUAUUGGAUACAGAAAUUUAUGUAAGAACAGGCAGGAAAAACUAAACUUUAUUCUUUAUGGCCACGAAACACUUAAGAAAGAGCAAAACAUUGAUAUUUUGAAGUUGAGUGCAGUGUUUAUCAGGAACUGUGUUGAGGGACCCCAGGCAGUCUAGUGACCUAUUAUGCUUAAUAGUAUCAUUACUAUC